UUUUUCCGUUUUCAUUUCAGGAAUGAUAUACUUUGGGAAAUCGUCUUUGUGGACCGCGUUGUUACUGUGGUUGUGGUUCGAGAACAAUGUCACCGGUGCAGACGACAACUUCAACAAUAAUGGUGUGCAUGAGGAGAAGGACACGCCACACUCGCGGCAGAAACGUCUGCUGUGGAUCACCACGGACGGCCGCCUGGCCCUGCCACCCGGCACCAGGCUAACGAUAACACCAUCGCUGUCCCUACCGUUCGUCAGAUACCCACCAGACGGGUUCCUGUCCAACAUGAGUAUCAGCUUGCCAUUCACGAUCGACUUCGAUGGCUUGGGGCUGACCGAUAAUCAGAAUCCGUUCGGCGCCUUCCCGCCGAUAUUGGCAAGGAGCAUGGGAAGACAGAUGGGUUCGGUACUCGCCGACUAUGUGUCUCAACUUAUGGAUGGCCGGAGAUCGACUAGAUCUGUUCCAACAUUACCCAAACCAAUACACUCGUACUUCCAAGGAGGUGAAAGAGCUCUGCUGUUCACCGUCGUCGAGGACUUGUUGACGAACUUCGGAAUGGACGGCAAAGCGUGUUUGCUCCGAGCCAUAUGCGAAGUUCACGGGCACAAGUCCAUACACAAAUUUGGUUUCAUCGGCGAAUUUAUUCAACUGUUCCUCACGGCUAGUAGAUCGACGUACGCUGAUUUAAUGAAGGACUACGUGACUGCCGAAACCGUUGGCAAACACAGCAAAGAAUGUUACCCUUACUUUAAGGAAUGUCCGAAGUCGUUGUUCACCAACAAUCAUAACUAUUCGAAAAACGAUCUGUCGCCCGACGAUGAGGACGAAGACGGCGAAUCGGUGUCGGCCGACGACGACGAAGACGGAGAAGGUGGCGGCGGCGACAACUACAGGGACGGCAACGAGGUCGACGACGUCCGGAGGAAGUCGUCGUCGUCGAGCGGCGGAUCAAAAGUGACGGUGAAUCCGGCACCGUUGGCCAUGUGACCCGGUUGAACGCAAUCACCCGGGCGAAUUUAUCGCUCUCCGCCGCGCGCAAUGGUCGUUGAAUAAUCGUCUCCCGAACGAAUUUCGUCUGUAUAUUAUAUUAUUAUUUUAAGUGUGCGCGCGUGUCUGUGCGUGUGCUGCGUACGACGUGUCCGGACAAGCUUUCCCGCCGUCGGGUUGAAUCUUUCACUCGAUGUUCUUUUCCGCCCACGACUACCCUGCUCUGUCCCACUAACAACCCCCGUCCUACCAACCGCCCCCCCCCCCAUCCCCUUCACACCGUCAUUCCAUUCAACAGCGCUGCGUAUGUCGUAAACAGUCCGCCGGGACUUGUGUUCUAUACUGCAUGUCUGUUCUACCCGAUCGAGAGGGUUCCACGCAAUCGAAUACCAACAUACAGAAUACAAUAUAUAUAUAUUAUAUUAUUAUAUAUUAUCGGACUCGUCGUGAUGCGAUUUCUCGAGACGAUUUUCGCGGAGUUCUCUGCGACGAAAUCCUCUGGUCGACACUCGCACGUUUUAUUUUUUUUCACUCGACUGGCGCGCAAGUGCCGUUAAAAAAUCGACCCCCCCCCCGAAGCAAGACUA